AAGUGUGUCCCAGCAGCCCUGGUCCAGCCCUCUGCAGGCAUUUGCUCUGGGCUCCAGGACGAGCUCCUCCUCAGCUGGUGCUUCUGGGUUGGGACAGUGAAAAUGUUUAGUGUCACUGGCGACAAAUACACGUACAGGGGACCCCAGUAGGCAGGCUGGUGCAUUGGAGGGGCAGGAGCAAGCCCAAUAUAGGUGUGUGCACACACAUAGGAGUAGCUGGCCGCAUGUGUGUGUACUUUAAGGAGAGACUUUAGUUUUUCUUUUUUUUCUUUUUUUUGGUUCCUGGGGUAAAUUUUCUGUUGAACAUUUUUCCCUCCUAUUUAAUUUUUUUUCUUUUGCAUUUUUAAAAAUUUGAACAUAAAAAGUAUAAAGAAUCAAAUCUUUGAAAGGACUGAGGCGUGCAGCGGACGGCAGAUGGAUCCCCCGGCCAGCAGCUGCAUGAGGAGCCUCCAGCCCCCAGCCCCUGUCUGGGGCUGCCUUCGAAACCCCCACUCAGAAGGCAAUGGGGCCUCAGGGCUACCCCACUACCCGCCCACCCCGUUCUCCUUCCACCAGAAACCAGACUUCCCGGCGACAGCGACGGCAGCGUACCCCGACUUCUCAGCCUCCUGCCUGGCGGCCACCCCACACAGCCUGCCUCAGGAGGAGCGCGUCUUCACUGAGCAGCACCCUGCUUUCCCACAGUCCCCCAACUGGCACUUCCCUGUCUCAGAGGCCCGGCGCAGGCCCAACUCAGGCCUGGCAGGGGGUUCCAAGGAAAUGGGGACCAGCAGCCUGGGCCUGGUGGACACCACAGGAGGCCCAGGCGAGGACUACGGGGUGUUUGGGAGCACUGCCAAUGAGACAGAGAAGAAAUCAUCCAGGCGGAGAAAGGAGAGUUCAGACAACCAAGAGAACAGAGGGAAGCCGGAGGGCAGCAGCAAGGCCCGCAAGGAGAGGACGGCCUUCACCAAGGAGCAGCUGCGAGAGCUGGAGGCGGAAUUUGCCCAUCAUAACUACCUGACUCGGCUCCGCAGAUACGAGAUCGCGGUAAACCUUGACCUCUCUGAGCGCCAGGUCAAAGUGUGGUUCCAGAACCGAAGGAUGAAGUGGAAGCGUGUGAAGGGAGGUCAGCCCAUCUCCCCCAAUGGGCAGGACCCCGAGGAUGGGGACUCUGCAGCCUCUCCAAGUUCAGAGUGAGAUUCUGCGUGGAGGAAAAAUGACUAAGGACUGAGCCCCCUACCCAACUACCCCCACCCCAAUGCCACCUUUACCCUCUUCCUUCCCCAGCCGGGGCAGCCUCUCCACAUCUUUCACUGACUCUUGGAUAUGAAACUGCCCAGCAUUCCUGGGAGUCUUAGAGUUGUCCAGGAAGUUCUAUCCAACCUCUUAGCAGCCUCUUCCCUAGGGCCUUUGCUCCCACACUCUCAUGGAAUCAGACAGAGAUCCUACCAGGCCGGAUGAAUCUGGAAACAGCUUCAGAGACACUGCUUCUCAGGGUCUCUUGGCUGCCACCCAUGCCUCCUCCUACUGCCGUUCUCCUGUGUCAGCCAGGCCUCCUUCUGGUCUGGACACCACCUGGCCUGGUGGGAGAGACGCUUUGGAACCAGCUGGCGACUCGGAUAGUAAAUGCUUCAAAAGGAAGGAAAUGAUGGAGACACACACCCUUGCCCACCUUCCUCUAUGGGCUGUACAUCUGAGGCUUUGGGGCCCCUUAGUUGUCCCCAAACCCCAAGAAAAAUCAGAAUGUGGAGAGUCAAGGACAGCAACUCAGCUGCUGCAAGCCAGAAACCCAUCCCUAUCUCCAAAUUUGUUGGCUAAGUGGGGACACUUAUAAGCACUGACUAGAGAAGACAGAAAAAUAGCCUCAUGUAGGUUUCUGUGUCCCCAUAUAGGCCCGUCCACACAGGCUUGACUGGGUGGACAAGAAUGAACCCAUGACAGCACCUGCUGCUUCAAAAUCAAAAUCAAUUUAGGGAUAUAGCAGGGGCUGUUGGGCUGUGCUCCAGAGAAAAGGAGCAGCUACUCCCUUUAAAUCCACGAUUGGUGGAUUGAAAACCUCUCCAGAUGCCCAGUUGCUGGGCUGAACAACUAUGGGCUGGAAACAACGUAGAGUCUGGAAAGUGUCCCCUACAUUCUGGAGGGGAGGGGAGAUAAUAAGGAGGGCUCGGAUGAGGGCCUGGAGAUGCGGAACCCUGGCGUAGAAGGUUCUCGGCAUAGAAGGUUCUCUAGCUACAGUGUCCUGUGACUGCAAAAGGGGACGAGAAAAUCCCUCUUCCUCCAUGGCAUGGAUGUAAGCUCUUGCUGUGUGUUCUACAAAUGCUGUUAUUGUGGGAGGAAAUGCUAGGUUUUUGUGUGUGGACUGCCCAGACCUCAGCCAGGUCUUCUGGAGAUGCCACUUGAGGACUGCUGGCCAAAGAGCAUGAGGGACUGAAGCCCUGGCUGCCUCAGCGCUCUGUCUCCCAACACCAGCUGGUGUUGCAGAGGGAGGUCAACGCGAGUUUGGAUCUCUUGUACGCAGAUGUAAUCAUUCACAUGUAACCCCACCUCUCCACCCCAAAAAGGGCAAGAGCUGUGGAAAAUGAUUGCCAAAUGAGAUGGCUGGUUAGAGCAUGAUUUUUUCUAAAGCAUACUUCAUAUAUUUUCUUAAGAUUACAUCAAACUAAUUGUGCAAGGUCAAUUCACUUUGUAAGAAAACUCUUGGAGAAAUAAAAUCAAUAAAAAGCAAA